AUGGAUUAUCUGGCAGCAAAUUCAAAUAACUUAUCAACUUUAUAUGUUAAGAGUGAAAGUUCAUUUACACUUCAUUAUGCUAUAAUACCUUAUGUUGGUUUAAUAUCUUUAAUAAUUACAGUUUGGCUUCUCGUUUAUCUUUCAACAGUAUUUUCACGCCGUUAUAAUCUUAAAAAUGAGCAUCGUCAAGUAGCUUCUCUUUACCUAACACAAGCUACUACUUAUGCUGGUGGACACGAAGCGUCAACUGUAAUAUCACGGGACGACGUAUGA